AUGGUACAAUAUGUCUUUACACCAUGGCGCGACCGUUACGAACUCUUGCUCGUUCGCGAGCAGAUGUACACAGGCAUCGACAUCAACGCCAUAGAGGCAAAGGGGCACUCAAGCCAGCCCAAAGUCAGUGUAAACAUACAAAGCCAACAGAUUUUGGACGACCAGGAAAUACAGAAGAGGCAGCACAAAGCGGUUGCGCGCGUGUCAAUGUGGAUGCAGCGAGGAAACUGUCCUCACAUGGUCGAGUCAACAGCACUGUUGAUGGCAGCUAUGCUGAGUGAUAAAGAGGCAGCCGCUGGAGAAAAUGCAGCUUCGUCGGCGUAUGCAAUCAGAGCAGCAUAUUCAGCUGCCUUUAGCAGGUUCGUUACUGGUCUUCUUGAUGGCCAUCAGGACAAACAGCGCAAACAGAGCAUGUACUCUAUUGCAAAGACUAUUGGAUUGCCCGCUACAUUUGUUGAGCUUCGCCAUCAGUCAACGCACGAACAGCUGCCCUCAUUGGCAAAACUGCGCACAGCAGCUAAAAAAGCCUUAUUGUGGAUUUGGGAUUAUUACUGGAAGCAGCUGGGCGAGGACAAUAGCGACGCGUGUCGCAAGGCAGUACUGCGGUAUCUCGGCGAGGGAGAUGAAUCGAAGCUAGCGGCUAUAUUCCAGGAGUUUGAGCGAUGGCCUCCAGAGCGCGUUCUCAAGACAGUUCAAGAGGUCAAGGGCAGUUUGCCAGGCAAUCAAGCAUUUUUGAAGUGCGCGGGAUUGAUGCAGAGGCUACGAGAGUCUGAGGAAAAUAAGAAGUCGUCCAAAUCUGGUACCGCCGAUACGACGAUGAAAGAUAUAGUGCCCGACACUGGUGAAGCUGAUGAGGAAGAUGACUUUGGGUGGUCAGAGUUCAAAGGCACAUGGAAGCCGAAACCCAUUGGGAUUAGGCAAACAUGGGUGAUGUUGGAAUUGGACUGGGACAUAUCACGUGCAGUCGCCCGCAUCGGCAAACGUCAUGAUACCGGAGCCAUGAUGCCUCACUUGGAUGACAAAGCCUCACGUCUCAUUCGAUACCGUUCUGUUACAGCGCAUCCAUCUUCAACCGUCCUUGCCAUUUACACAGACCUACUUAUGUAUAGACUCGCUACUAGUCGGCCAUUCCUCAGACAGAAAAUCGGAUUUUCAUCUAGUGCUCUCGUUGCUACCCGCGCCAUGCAUAUUCAGUCAAUUCCCAUGUGGGAGGGAAGCUCCAACAACUACGCUUACCUGGUCGUUGAUGACAAGUCCAAGGAUGCCGUCAUCGUUGAUCCCGCAAACCCUCCCGAGGUUGCGCCUAUCCUGAAGGAUGCUAUUAAGGCGGGGAAGAUCAACUUGACAGCCAUUGUCAACACCCAUCAGAGGCAACAAGAAGCUGGUAAGACACCCCAUAAUGAUGCCCCAUCAACACUUGUUGACACCCACAAGCUUGCUGAGCUGGGCAAUCCCAAGCUGGAUAUUAUCGGCGGCAAAGACUGUGAGGGUGUUACGAAGACACCUGGUCACGGCGAGACCUUCAAGCUAGGCGACAUUACCUUCAAGGGUGUGCAUACACCUUGCCACACUCAGGACAGCAUCUGCUUCUUUGUGGAAGACGGAAAGGACAAAGCUGUUUUCACGGGUGAUACCCUUUUCAUUGGCGGAUGUGGAAGAUUCUUCGAGGGCAAUGCGGAGGAGAUGCACGAGGCUUUGAACAAGCGUCUCUCGGCAUUGCCUGAUGACACCGUAGUUUAUCCGGGACAUGAGUAUACAAAGGCCAAUGUCAAGUUUGCCGCAUCUGUUUCUCAGCGUGAUGCUGUACAGAAGCUGCACUCAUUCGCCGAUAACAACAAGGUCACCACCGGCAAGUUUACCAUCGGAGACGAAAAGGAACAUAACGUCUUUAUGAGGGUUGAGGAUCCCGAGAUUCAGAAGCAGACAGGCGAGACGGAGCCUGUGGCCGUUAUGGCCAAGUUACGCGAAAUGAAGAACAACUUCAAAGAGCCAGAGCCCAAGAUAUAG